AUGGGCGAGUGGGUGAGAGGGCUAGCGUGUGGUGGGCUGGAGUGGAUGAGGAAGGUUAGCCUGUUGAGGGGCCGAGUGAGGCUACGAAAGAGAGCUGGAGGCUAUGAGGGUGGCAAGCAUGUGGAGGGGUUCGAGAGCGCGAGCCGCUCGAGCGAGGAGGGGAGCCGAACUGCUAUGGUCGGACGUGGAGGAGGCUUGGGUAAUGGCUAUUUCGGAGUUGCUACCGCUCGUAAGAGAGUAGAGGGAUGGCUAGUUAUGAAAAUGGAGAUG